CUUAUCGUUUUCCCUUUAAGCUUGUUGGAGUUGGAGCUAAAGCUUAAGAAGAGAAAACAUGAACAACCUAGAAAUCCAGCACCAAAAGAAAAAAAUGGGGAGAGGAAUAAAAAGAGAUAUAAAGAGGAUUGAAGACAAGGCGCAGAGACAUCUUUCAUUUUAUAGGAGAAAGAGCACUCUUUUGAAGAAAGCUCGUGAUCUAUCAGAUGAUUCUGAAGAUGAAGUUGCUCUUAUCAUAUUCUCCAGCGAAGGCAAACUCUCUGAGUUUUCUAGCACUUCAAGAUUAGUUGAUAUCAGUGUGUACUAAUGCUAUUAUGGUGUGGUCAGUUAAUAAUCUCUGGAUGGAAUCCUAUUGAUAGACGGACAAUCUUUCUGUGCUAUGCUUUAAAUUUUGUUAGUAUGUUGGAGACGCUGGAGAAGUAUGAAAGGAUCAAAGGUAUUUUACCUGUAUCAAGCAAGCCUGUCAGCGAGCCUGUCGUCAAUGACAUUGAGGAUGAAGCCUUCCAGGACUACUUGCAGCUAAAAGCAAGAGCAGAAGUUCUACAACAAAAUUAUAGAAACUUGCAAGGGGAAGGUUUGGAAACAUUAAGGUUUGAGGAGCUCGAUCAACUUGAAAGCCAAUUAGAGGUUACAUUAAAGCAGGUCAGAUCAGAAAAGACUCGAUCUAUGUUUGGACAUCUUGCCGAGCUUCAACAAAAGGAAAAAAUGCAGCGCGAAGCUAAUAAGACCCUGAGUAAGAAGAUGGCAGAAGAUAAUGCAGAAACUGCACUACGAUUGUCAUGGCAAGUGGCUGAACAGCAAAGGCAGCAGCGGAUGGACGAAGAUAAAACAGAUAUGGCACUAGAAUUGUCAUGGCAAGUGGGUGAACAGCAAAGGCAGCAGAUUGACAAAGAUAAGGCAGAAAUGGCACUACAAUUGUCAUGGCAAGCUGAUGAACACCAAAGGCAGCAGCAGAUUGACAAAGAUAAGGCAGAUAUGGCACUGCAAUUGUCAUGGCAAGCGGAUGAACAGCAAAGGCAGCAGCAGAUUGACAACGAUAAGGCAGAAAUGGCACGACAAUUGUCAUGGCAAGCUGAUGAACAGCAAAGGCAGCAGCAGAUUGACAAAGAUAAGGCAGAAAUGGCACUACAAUUGUCAUGGCAAGCGGAUGAACAGCAAAGGCAGCAGCAGAUUGACAAAGAUAAGGCAGAAAUGGCACUACAAUUGUCAUGGCAAGUUGAUGAACAGCAAAGGCAGCAGCAGAUUGACAAAGAUAAGGCAGAAAUGGCACUACAAUUGUCAUGGCAAGUGGAUGAACAGCAAAGGCAGCAGCAGAUGGACGAAGAUAAGGCUGAAAAUGCACUACAGUUGUCAUGGCACGCGGGUGAGCAACAAUGGCAGCAGCAGAUGGACGCAGAUAAGGCUGAAAAUGCACUACAGCUGUCAUGGCAAGUGGGUGAGCAACAAUGGCAGCAGCAGAUUAACAAAGAUAAGGUAGAUAUUGCACUGCAGUCAUCAUGGCAAGCAGGUGAACAACAAAGGCAGGUUUCAUACAAUCAUUACACAGAUGCUGUUCAAUCAGAGUGUUUUUUCCAGGCUUUAGAGUGCAGUCCCUCUUCGCAAGUCGGGAACAAUCACUUGAGUAACACAGGUAAUAUGAUGAAUGUUACAGCCCCAGCACAAGACUUGAUAAGCUUUUUACCUGGGUGGAUGCUAUAACUUGUUUAACACCAUGAUGCAUGAAGGUAUAUGCUUCCACAUGCUCAUAUUUUGUAGAAGAAGAAGAUACAGACUACAGUAAAUUUUAUCUUUUGUGAAGACGGUUUUUUGGUUCGUACCCAUAUAGACAGAUGAGAGACUAGAAAAUGCUCAUAUUUUGCAGGAGAAAAAGAUACAGAUUAGAGUAAAUUUUUAUCUAUUGUGAAGAAGGUUUUUGGUCUAUAUAGACAUAGAUGAGAGACUAGAAAUGAAGUUUUUGUUAAUGCAGGAAAGAAUAUAAUUAUCAUGAUGAAAAACAUCUGUGCAAGUAUGAAUGGUCAUAUUCUUACAUAAGUACUACUAGAAGGAAAAAUUCAAAAUUUUGGCA